CAUUCCAUAAAAGAAAAAAAAAACAACAAACAAUCCGCUUAUCAAUUGCAUCCGCAAAUUCUUUUAUUCCAAUCCUUGUUCUUCGUUUGUCCGCGUGUUUCACGGUUGCUUGUGCCAGCAUUAUUUUUCCAACACCGACUUCGGUAAGGUUGCCGUCAAAAUGAUGCGCUUGCUAGCCUCCACGGUCGCUGCGCAGUGCGGUUUGGCCAUUCGCAUCACCAAAACAACGUCCGCGCUAUCGUCCUGUGUUCAAUCGCCCGUGGCAUCUGCCGUCCGUUCACGCUCCAUGUGUAGUUCCGCUCCGGGAGCAAAAGAACGCCGGCUACAGGUCGGUGCCAGCACCGUGCACUUUGUCGAGGCAGGCGAUGGCAUCCGCGGCGUCAUACUGUUGCCCGGUGCGCUCGGUACGGCCUGGACGGAUUUCAAACCACAAAUCGAGGGCUUGCCGGCGCUGCUUCCGCACCAUCGUGUAAUUGCCUGGGACCCACCCGGGUACGGCAAGUCCCGACCGCCCGACAAGCAGUUUACGGUGGAUUUUUACGAGCGGGAUGCUGCCGCGGCCGGUGAGCUAAUGCAGAAGCUUGGCUUCCAGCGGUACAGUGUCGUUGGCUGGAGUGACGGUGGCAUUACCGGUCUAGUGUUAGCCGCCAAGCAACCGGAAAGGGUGGAAAAGCUGGUCGUGUGGGGCUCGAACUCAUACAUAUCGGACACGGAGGCUAACAUUUACGAAGGUAUUCGGGAUGUUAGCAAAUGGUCGGCAAGAAUGCGGGAACCAAUGGAGCAGGUGUAUGGUGUAGAACACUUCCCCAAGCUAUGGUCGGCCUGGGUGGAUGGAUUGUUGCGCAUUCAUCACGAGCGCAAAGGGGAUAUCUGUUCUGGGUCACUAAAGCACAUCAAAGCCCCGACGCUGGUCGUGCACGGAGCAAAGGAUCCGAUGAUCAUACCCGACCACGUACCUUAUCUGCUGAACAAUAUCAAAAACACGGAUCUGCAUGUGUUUCCCGAUGGCAAGCACAAUAUUCACCUGCGCUAUGCAAACGAGUUCAACGCGAUAGUGGCCAAAUUUCUGCUGGCUUAGGGCCUUCGUUAUAGUACCCGAACUUGAUUGUUUUUCUGUUAUUCUGUUACAUAAUUUUACGGUCUCGAACGCAACUUUAUUUAUUGAUUGGUUAUCUCGUUAUAUUGUAAACGCCAAGCGUGUAACUGUCGAAGAAACACAUUUCGCCAUAGGAAGUACAAACACAACUGUGGGUAUAAAUAACAAUUUGGGUGCACUUCUAUAUAAAGAUUAGAUUGAUAGCCGUUAGCAAAACAUUGCCCAAGCAUAAUGAAUGCUAAUGGAAGGUAAAACAUAUCACAAAUCAAAGGUGUGGUUAUGUUUCUCGUAACACUGAGUCGAUUUGUCAACGAAGUUGUCUUCCUUUGAUGUACAAACAACACUAAUAUUUUAUCAAAAAACUCUCAAAAAUAUGAAGACAUAAAACAAACAAAAACACGGGUCUUUACUUGGAUUUCAACAAAUAAAAUAUAUAACACAACGCUGAAUGUAACCUCAGUUAAUGUAACGCAACCCUAGUGUUACACAUUCAGCAGUUGGUUUGUGUCAUGGGUUCUGUUACAUUUGCGUUACAGCUGUGAACCGUUACAUAAGUUA